UCUGCCCAGCUUCUACCAGCCCCUGCUAUUGGAUCUCCCAACAGAAUUGGUAGUUAAAUGAGAUCAUGAUUUUGGAAGGAAGUGGUGUGAUGAAUCUCAAUUCCAGCAACCAUCUUCUCCACCAACAGCCGGCCUGGACAGACAGUUACCCCACGUGCAAUGUUUCCAGCGGGUUUUUCGGAGGCCAGUGGCAUGAGAUCCAUCCCCAGUACUGGACCAAGUACCAGGUAUGGGAAUGGCUUCAGCACCUUCUGGAUACCAACCAGCUUGAUGCCAGCUGCAUCCCCUUCCAGGAAUUUGACAUCAAUGGGGAACAUUUGUGUAGCAUGAGCUUGCAAGAAUUUACACGAGCGGCAGGGACAGCCGGCCAGAUUCUCUACAGCAACUUGCAGCAUCUCAAAUGGAACGGCCAGUGUAGCAGUGACCCGUUCCAGUCCCCCCACAAUGUCAUUGUGAAGACAGAGCAAACAGGUGAGCCACAACCAAUUUCCCUGGAGAAAGGAUUGACGUUUAUGCUGGACUGUAUUCUUUGUUCUUCCUCAGCAGAUUCAUCUGAUUUAAAAAAGGAGCAAGAGCACCCAGCCAAAUCUCACACCAAAAAACACAACCCUCGAGGGACUCACUUGUGGGAGUUCAUCCGAGAUAUUCUACUGAACCCAGAAAAGAACCCAGGCUUGAUAAAGUGGGAAGACCGAUCUGAGGGCAUCUUCAGGUUCUUGAAAUCAGAGGCAGUAGCUCAGCUCUGGGGAAAGAAGAAGAACAAUAGUAGUAUGACCUAUGAAAAACUCAGCCGAGCUAUGAGAUAUUAUUAUAAACGAGAAAUCCUGGAACGUGUGGAUGGACGGAGAUUGGUAUAUAAAUUUGGGAAGAACGCCCGGGGAUGGAGAGAAAAUGAAAAUUAGGGCUGUCAGAACAUAAGUCAAAAAACCCACACACACCAUACACACAUACACGCACACACACACACAUCCCACACACACAUCAACUACAAUAAGCCAAGAACCUCUGGACGUAAAUAUUCAAAGACUACUUUUCUCCUAUUUAUGCACCAUAAGGGAAAAACAAUCUACGUCUCAUGGG